UGCGAGGAUCAAUCAGUGAAGCAGAAGCAUCUCAACUGGUGAGCGCUAUGAAUUAACCAACAGUUUUCUCCUUCCUUCCUUCCUUCCUUCGACCUCGAAGGUUUCUGAAUCCUCCGAUUUAGUUUCUUCAUCAAUCAGCCUUCUUUUGUACCUCGGAAUUGUGUUUUUAAUUCACCGCCGGAGCUGGGAGGAGUCGUGCAGCGCAUGAUGGGAUUUUGCAUCUGUCCGUUGGGAACGCCGGCGAGGUUGCUAUGGUGCUCGAGCUUCUUCCGUCAUAAGCUAAUGUUAUUCUAAUCACAAGCUUUAUUAAUAGCAGUUCAGCAAUAAAAUUGUGUAAUAUAAAGAGAGGUGUUUAUAUCCGUUAAUUCGAUCGAGUGAAGACUGAAGAUUAUACAUACGUAGCUGCUUGUGGUUUUCGGUAUUGAUUUUAUCGAUCGAUCGAUCGAUCGAUCUCUAGUCGGAGAUCGGAGAAAGGAAAUGGAAUCCGGUCGAUUUUUCUUCGAUGCAUCUUGCCACAGCAAUAUGCUGUUCCUCGGAAGUGGAAACUCCAGUUUUCGAGGAGCAAGAUCGGCGAUGCACAUGGAGGAAACCUCCACGAAACGACCUUUUUUCAGUGCUCCGGAGGAACUGUACGACGAGGAAUAUUUCGAUGAGCAGUUGCCGGAGAAGAAACGCCGCCUCACUUCCGAGCAGGUGCACUUGCUGGAGAAGAGUUUCGAGGCGGAGAACAAGCUGGAGCCGGAGCGCAAAACGCAGCUGGCUAAGGAGCUCGGCUUGCAGCCGAGGCAGGUAGCGGUGUGGUUCCAGAACCGUCGCGCACGGUGGAAGACCAAGCAACUCGAACGGGACUACGAUCAGCUCAGAACCUCCUACGAAUCUCUCCGCUCUAACUUCGACUCCAUUCACAAGGAAAACGACAAGCUCAGAGCCGAGCUCCUUUCCUUGACGGAGAAGUUGCAACCCAAAGAACCACGUGGAGAUCAAUCGGAUCAGCAGAAUACUAAUUCUCCUGAUCCACUCCCGGCGGCGGCGCCGCCGUGCCUGCAAUUUAUCGGGAAGGUCGAGGACCGCCUGAGCACCGGCAGCAACAGUAGCGGCGUGGUAGACGAAGACGCCGCCGGCCCUCAGCUUGAUCUCGACAGCGGUGAUUCCUAUUUCCCGAGCAAUAAUGACUAUUCCGAGCAGGAAGAUGGCCGGCGGUACUUCCCCGACAUGUUCACGGCGGCGGCCGCCGCCGUCGGGGAGCAGCAAGAGCACAUGGGUUGGUGUGCUACGAUCUGGUCUUCUUAAAGAUUAAGUGAUAUAUAUAUAUGCAUGGAUUUUCUAGCUGCUUCGUAAAGUUAUUUUAUUAUUACUAGCUCUGCCUAAAAUCGAGAUCUUAUAUUUUAAUUAAAAAAUAAAUAAUCUCUAUAUAAAUACGGCGAGUGUUUUUUUUUCAGAAAAACCUUCUUACGUACGUGAAAUGUGGUGAAUAAUGUAUCUACGUUUGUUUGCUUGUUUAUAAGGAAUUGACUUAAAUUAAA